AUGAGCGUGCAGGGGCCGGCGAAAGCCGGCAUGGAGAAUUCCGGCUACAGCGCCCCCUCCUCGGCAGUGGCACCUCCGGGUCGGGGCCAGGCGGCCCGCCGCAGCCGCAGAUGGUGUACCGGUCGGCGAAGUCACCCGGGCCGCUGCAGCGAGCAGGCUCCCCACCUGUGGCCGGCGUGCGCUCGCCGAGGACGGGUGCUGCCUCUCCGCCCUUGGCCCUUCGCAAGUCUUCUGCAGCCUUGCCUCCCGCAAAGUCGUUCUCACCAGCCGUUUCUCAGCUAG